CUUCAUUGCUCACCAUGCCCUCUACUCCACGUUUCAACGCUGAAGCACUUGCAAGCGCAGCAGCUUUCUUCAGUCAUCGUGAAGGGUGGACCGAGCCAAGCGUGGCGCCUAAAGCCUGAUGACGACGGUAUAACAGCAUGAGAUUCUGAUUUCGUCUGUGCAAUCCUUCCACAUUGGAUCCACGAGGACUGAAGGUUAUGUUAUACAUCACGUAGACGGGGAUUGGUAAAGAAAACAAGUGCCAGAACACGAAAACAACGGAGAAGAAUUUAACGUUUAACGAAGGCUUCCGCAAAAUGUUGAACCUAAUCACCACCUUUUUUCUAUUUCUAUGGACAACCUUCCUCUGUGGACCUACCACAGGAUCCUACACACUACACCGAGACUACUCAGGUCAAGACUUCUUUACUGGAUGGGACUACUACGGGUUUAUCGAUAACACAACAUGGGGAAACGUCACUUACGUCGACCGUGAUACCGCCACCAACCAAAAACUCACCUACGUCGACCCAACAACCAGCCACGCCAUCAUCAGAGUCGACAACACAACCAACAUCCCACCCGGCCCCCUCGUCAACCGCCCAACCGUCAAAAUCACGACCAAAGACGCCUUUAACAUGGGAAGUCUGUUUAUCAUCGAUGUAAACCACCUUCCAUACGGAUGUUCGGUCUGGCCCUCCUUUUGGACUCUCGGAAUCAACUUCGAAUGGCCCGACGCAGGCGAAAUCGAUAUUAUAGAAGGCAUCAACAACCUCCCCUUCAACCAAAUGGCCUUACACACCACCAACGGCUGUUUCCAGGCCUCCAACCCAGGCCAAUCCGGACGAACGAUCACAACAAACUGUACCCUCCCCGAAGGCUGUCUCGUGCAAGAAACCAAACCGAACAGUUUCGGAGCUGCGUUUUCACAGGCGGGGGGAGGGGUGUUUGCUACGCAGUUGGAUGUGUCGGGGGUUUAUAUCUGGUUUUGGAGUCGACCUGACGUCCCGCAUUCGAUAACAUCUGCAUCGAAAGACUCACAUCUGAAUCUCACAGACUGGGGCGCACCUUCCGCUUCAUACCCCGCUUCGGGAUGCGACAUCGGGAAAUUUUUCCAACCCCAGAAACUCGUGCUUGAUACGACGCUAUGUGGAACAUGGGCUGGUGUUCCUAGUAUCUACGCACAGACUUGUGGGAACGGGAAUGGGCAAUGUGUAUCUAAUGUGUUUGGGAAUGGAAGCAACUAUGGGACGGCUUGGUGGGAUAUCUCGUAUGUUAGGGUAUAUCUGGCAGUGGCCGAUAGCCCCCCUGCGACAUCGUCUAUGACAGGGACAGCGACAAUGACGACGGCGUCAACGGGAGGUACUGGUGUAGUCGUACCUUCCGACUUGCCUACGGCCAGACCAGGGAAUUCAUCCGUGGGGAAGCAAAUAUGGAGCUGGGGGUUGGGGGUGUCCUCGAUGAUAACGGUUUUAUGGUUUAUUUCAUGAUAUUUUUGAUUCAUAUGGAUAGUUUGCAUUUGAGGUGCCGUUUUCUGUUGGGUUUUCUUGUAACUAUGAUAAUGACUAUGGAGUUUAGAGGAAUAGUUAUACUCGCUUUUACAUAGAUGAUGCACCCAUGUUGUGCGAGCACAAGUAGACUUCCUCUAAGCACAGCUAGUUUGUGUACGAUUCCUAAUGUUCUCCGGUGCGUUCAACUGUAAACACGCGGUUAUGAGCCGUUUAUUGAACCUCG